CCACGAAACCAAAACAAAUCGUUCUGUUCUCCGUAUGUUUCUUCUUCGGCGGACAAAUAGAUCCAUUGCUAAACGUGCUUCGUGUCGUGCGCUAGUAAAACUCGUUGCUACAGCUGGUGCCGCGACGCGUCUUCCCUUCGGUCGUACAGUGCCAAAAAGUGAUCUACUUCCGUGACAGUGGUAAUCAACAAAACAUACAGCAUGGCACUGUCCCUAUGCAGAACGCAAAUGCUUGGAGCAACAUACCGGCUCAACAGUAGAAUAUUGAAGUUGGAAAUAUCCAAGGUAUUGGCCUGCCGCUAUUCGACGCAGAAGAAACGUUCCAAAGUUUAUACUAGUGCCGACGAAGCGAUUGCGGACAUUCCCGAUGGAGCGAAACUGCUCGUCGGUGGCUUUGGACUGUGUGGCAUUCCGGAGAACCUGAUUGCGGCGCUGGUACAACAACGCAAAAAAGAUCUUACGGUGGUUUCCAACAAUGCCGGCGUUGACAAUUUCGGGCUUGGGCUGCUGCUGAAAGAGAAGCUAAUUAAGCGCAUGAUCGCAUCGUACGUCGGUGAAAAUGCUGAAUUCGAGCGUCAGUAUCUGUCCGGUGAGCUGGAGCUGGAACUGACGCCACAGGGCACGCUGGCCGAACGUAUCCGUGCCGGUGGCGCUGGCAUACCGGCUUUCUUCACCCCAACCGCCUUCGGUACGCUCGUACACGAGGGUGGCUCUCCGAUCAAGUACGGCCAGGGUGGAACGAUCGAGAUCGCAAGCGAGCCGCGUCCGGCGCAAAUGUUCAAUGGCAAACCGUACAUCAUGGAGGAAGCGAUCACCGGUGAUUUCGCGCUCGUGAAAGCACAGGUCGCGGACGAAGCGGGAAAUUUGAUCUUUAACAAGUCGGCGCGCAACUUCAACCCGCCGAUGUGCAAAGCGGCCAAGGUGACGAUCGUCGAGGUGGAGGAAAUCGUACCGGUUGGUUCGCUUGAUCCGGACCAGGUACACAUGCCGAGCGUCUUUGUGCAUCGCAUCAUCAAGGGCCCAUCGUACGAGAAGCGCAUCGAACGGUUGCGCGUGCGGGACGCGAAAAAGGUUGGCUCGGUUGUGUCGUCCACGCCUGCGGCAAAGAUGCGCGAACGGAUCGUGAAACGUGUCGCGCUCGAGUAUCGGGACGGUAUGCACAUCAAUCUCGGCAUCGGUAUACCGGUGCUGUCCUCUAACUAUAUUCCGGCCGGUAUGAAUGUGUUGCUACAGUCGGAGAACGGUAUCCUCGGGCUGGGACCAUUCCCCGAGAAGCAUCAGGUCGAUCCGGAUCUGAUUAAUGCGGGCAAGGAAACGGUAACGGUACUGCCGGGUGCAUCAUACUUCUCUUCCGAUGACAGCUUUGCUAUGAUUCGCGGUGGACACAUCGACAUUACCGUGCUGGGAGCGAUGGAGGUGUCACAGUACGGUGAUCUUGCCAAUUGGAUGAUUCCCGGCAAAUUGGUUAAAGGUAUGGGAGGUGCCAUGGAUCUAGUGGCAGCUCCAGGCACAAAGGUGGUAGUAACGAUGGAACACAACGCAAAGGAUGGUUCGCACAAAAUUCUCUCCAACUGCAACCUCCCCGUUACGGGGCGAAACUGCGUCGAUAUGAUCGUCACGGAGAAAGCCGUCUUCAACGUGGAUAAGGAACGGGGCUUAACAUUGAUGGAACUGGCCGAAGAUUGCACGGUGGAGGAGGUCAUCACCAGCACGGGUUGUGACUUUUCCGUUUCACCUGAUCUGAAGAAAAUGGCCCAAGUGGAUGAUGCGUGAUAAAGCUUGUUUCGUUGAAAACGAACACAAACACCACGGAUUGGCGUUUCAUGGAGUGUAAAAAAAACAGCAAAAACUAACAAACCUCCCUAGAUCGGCGUUUUAUCGCGUUAACAGGGCGAUAACAGUCGCGAUUGUUGAAUUAGAUGUAUAGAGAUAACGAAACAAAAAUCUGAUUUAAAAUCAUUACUCAUGAUCUUUGUCCAGAUAACGCAUUUAGCAUAUGGAGGAAGUUACUAAAACGUACACAGGAGCGUGUCCAGUGUCAAGAUGUAUCUUUGACGACACGACAUGCUUUUUUUUUCUACACAAAACUCACCUAACCCUAAGAACAGUUCCGAAAGCAUACUUUGUGUCUAAGUGGUGUAUGCUUUUGAAAGCUCUCGCAUGAGUAUAAAGUCGUAUCGAAAUCUAAUUUCCCAACAAAACCCCACUGUCGGAAACGUGUGGCGAUAAAAGCUGAAAAUAAAACCAACAUCGACAAACGGAA